UCUCCUCCUCCUCCCCGGGGUUGGCGGCGGCCGCGGCAGCUGAAGGUCCGCAAGUUUUGACAGUUUGGCUGGGCGAGAGAGAGGGGCGCUCCGUACCGGGCGGCGGGACACGCGAACCCAGCCUCGCUUGUCCGUCCUCCUGCCCGCACCCUCCCGCGGUCCCCGGCUCGCCUCCCUGGGCGCGGAGACCGGAGCGCCCCGGGUUCUCAGCUUCAGCCCAAGCUGCCCGGGAAGGCGGUGUGGCCCCGGCGCUCAUCCUUCCUCCUCUCUGCCCCAGAGGCAGGCACUGAGACUCCCGGCCGAGUCGCGGAGGCACCAUGUCUCGGGGUCCGGAGGAAGUGAACAAGCUCACCGAAAACACCUACAGAAAUGUAGUGGAGCAGUUCAAUCCUGGGCUACGGAACUUAAUAAACCUAGGGAAAAACUAUGAGAAGGCUGUUAAUGCUAUGAUAAUGGCAGGAAGAGCAUAUUAUGAUGGUGUAGCAAAGAUUGGAGAAAUAGCUACUGGUUCUCCUGUGUCCACAGAUUUGGGACAUGUCCUUAUAGAGAUUUCAAAUACUCACAAGAAACUCAAUGACAGUCUUGAUGAAAAUUUCAAAAAAUUCCAUAAAGAAAUUAUACAUGAACUAGAGAAGAAGACAGAACUUGAUGUCAAAUACAUGAAUGCAACUCUAAAGAGAUACCAAACAGAACACAGAAGUAAAUUAGAUUCUUUGGAGAAAUCUCAGGCGGAGUUGAAAAAGAUUAGAAGGAAAAGUCAAGGUGGAAGAAAUGCUCUAAAAUAUGAACACAAAGAAAUUGAGUAUGUGGAAACUGUCACUUCUCGUCAGAGCGAUAUCCAAAAAUUUAUUGCCGAUGGCUGCAAAGAAGCUCUCCUUGAAGAGAAAAGGCGAUUCUGCUUUUUGGUUGACAAACACUGUUCUUUUGCCAAUCACAUAAAUUACUAUCACUUACAGUCUGCAGAAUUACUCAAUUCUAAACUACCUAAAUGGCAGGAAACUUGUGGUGAUGCUACCAAAGUGCCAGAGAAAAUCAUGAAUAUGAUAGAAGAAAUAAAAACACCAGGUUCCACCCCAGUAUCAGGAACUCCUCAACCUUCACCAAUGAUAGAAAGAAGCUGUAUGGUCGGGAAAGAUUAUGACACUUUCCCUAAGUAUUCACCAAAGAUGCCCCCAGUUCCUUCAGCCAGAGCAUAUGCCAGUCCUCUGGCUGAUAUGUUCAACAACCCAGCAACCAUCCCAAAAACUUCAGAAAAAUUAAAUAAUACAGCUGAUAACUCAGAGGAUCCCAGUUUACAACGAUCUAUUUCUGUGGCAACGGGAUUAAACAUGAUUAAAAGGCAGAAAGUAAAAACAAUCUUCCCACAUACUGCUGGAAGUAACAAGACAUUACUUAGCUUUGCACAAGGAGACAUCAUCACAUUGCUCAUCCCGGAGGAAAAAGAUGGCUGGCUCUAUGGAGAACAUGACCAAACCAAAGUGAGAGGCUGGUUUCCAUUAUCAUAUACAAAGUCACUAGAAGAAAAUGAAGAAGAAACUCUAAAUGUGCCAACUCCCAGCCCUGCACCUGUUAGAAGCAUCAGUACAGUGAACUUAGCAGAAAAAAGCAAUGUUGUCAUCCCGCCUCCUGAUUAUCUAGAAUGUUUGUCUGGAGUUGCUGCUGCAGAUAGAAGAAUAGAUACUUCUUUGAAAAAUUCUACAUUUAAACCACCAGCACCCAAACCAGAAAUCAUAUCUCCCAAGCCAGAUACAAAUGGAAUAGCAAAGCCUCUGUUUUUAAGUGGAGAAAAUCCUUUUGCUACUGUGAAACUCCGACCAACAGUGACAAAUGACAGGUCAGCGCCAAUAAUUCGAUGAAUGAGUCAAGUCAAGAAAGUUGUACCCAUCAUUAUUCCUCAUGUAAACUACAUGUCCAAUAAUUAUGAUUAUCUUGUUUAACAUCUGCUUUCAUUGUGCAGGAAUGUAAUAUAACAGAGGUUUUCCAGUUUUCAAUGAAUCUGUUAAAUUAAGGAAAUCAUAAUUGCUCAUAAGAUUUGAAAGUGAGCUCACUUCUGUCUUUAAGUGAACAUAAUAUACUGUAAUAACAACCACAAUUAGUAAUGUAAAUGUUUUCUUGUUCGUCUUUUUGGCAAACCAGUCCAUUGAUUCUCUUUGUGGGUUGUAGCAUUCUAUUUUUUUUUAAUGCAUAAUUUUAUAGAAAUAAGCAAUUUUCUUUGCUUAAAUGCUCUGCAUCCAAGUGCAAAAAAUUAUUCUUUUGCUUUAAGGUUAAAUUUGUGCUAUUCUAUACGAGUUAAUAGCAUUGUAGUAUUUCAUGGAUUUGCAUCAUGCACCAAUCAUAAGUUAUUUGUGCUUAGAUUGUUAAGAUAACAUUUCAAAUUGUAAAGUUUGUUAGUUUUUUUUUUUAACUUAAAUUUUUAUUUUUGAAAAUCAAAAUAUACAAACCCCAAAAGCAGAACUGUAAAGGGGAAAUCCACCUCCCUUCCCUUACAGUCAUACUCAAGUCUUAUUGAGAAAUCAUCUUCAUCACACAUAAAAUUUUUAGAACCUUUCUUCUUAAGAAAUGACUUGUAAAAACUAUUGAAUAUUGGAUUGUAUUCCAAAUUAACAAAUAAAAUUUCAAAAUAUAAUGUAGGGUGCAUGUUGGGAUUCUUGUAUAUCAUGUCAAAUAAACUUACAAUGACACACAAAACAAUUACCACAGUUUGACUUCUAAAUGUAGACAUACAUUAAUGAUUUAUCUUCUGUUCUAUUGGGUCUCCCACCAUGAAUUUACUCAAGAUUUGAACACAUGUUUCUCUAUCUUUGAAAGGAAGCAAUUUGUUUGCCUCAAAUGGCAUUUAUUAAGAAAAGAUUGCCACUUUGGUCAGUCCUCAAAUAAUGAGAUUAUCUUGUUGUGUUGAGUGUUGCUGUGCUUUAUCUGAGAUAAUUAGAAACUCCAGAAUUCUUAUGCCUUAGAAAGCUUGUCAAAUGACACUUCAAUUAGUUUCAUCUAAAACUCAACAGGAUAAACUAGGUCCACAUGAAUUGGGAAAUGUUUGACAAAGUAACUAAAAGUACAAUAAAACAUAACUCAGCAUAGCCUAUAGGGAUCUUUAUGUACAGGUUAGUCACCCCAUUUCUAUCUGGGUUUGAUAGCCCUGGCGCAGUUAGACAAAGUUUAUUUAUUUCUUCCCUAGCUUCCCAAAACCAGCCAAGUCUUUGGGAGCCACUAUGGAAUGACACUCCCCUUGUAAGGGAGUGUGGGGAGGAGGAUAAAGAAGAAACAGACCCACAGCAAAAAGAACAAAACUAUUUAAAUGUAACCUAUUGCCCGCCUGGUUGUUGCUCAAAAUUAACUCUUGUUCUGUUCUGUUUAUGCUUUUCUAAAUUUGUUUUUUUGCAUCGUAGGAAAAAAGAAAAUGUAACCUUCCUUUUCUUAAGCUCAAUUAUUAGAGGUCAAAUACAAAGGUAAAAAAUUUUAGUCAGUAGAUAAAUAAGCUAUUCCAGUAUCUUAUAUGUGUUUAUGAAAAGUCAUCUUCCUAUCCAUAGUUUAUAUAAUAUAAGAUCUUGUACUUCUGGUAACCUAGCUUUAAAAAAGCUGCUUCAGGACAGUUAAGCAUGGCUCUUAACCAAAGAAUAGCUAGUUUUGUCUCCCCUCUUCCCCCUCCCUACCUACAAUUAUCUUCAAACAGAAGAAUUUCAUGUUUUAAAUUUAUUGGCAUAGUUUUAGAACCCCCCAGUUUGUCACUCAGGAAUGGAAGCUUUAGUUCUCCCUUGAGCAAUUACUUUAAAUAUAAAUUAACUGAUUGUCACACAAAUAAGCAAGGGUAAUUAUUAAGGCUUCAUGGAACUCUCUGGAAGAUAUCCACUCUGUACAAGAUAAAAAGAAAUCAAAGUGCAUUUAAGAAACGAAACAGAU